CCAGCGACCAUCCGCCGAGCAGGUCCUCCGCGCGACAACAUUUCAAUAAUAUAACAAUAAUAAUAAUACGCCUAUGAUCGGGAAGACGCUCGCCGCUUAUAGUGACCGCCGCCGUGACGAUACAAGACUGCACAUGCAACACCGGGGGGAUCAGACGCCGUCGGACGGCAAACAGACUUUCGUAGCCGCCUCGUACUUGCCGGCCAACUGCGGUACGACAACCGUCGACGUGGCGGAUGUGCUCUGCAGCGGAAGCCUGCACUCGUCGCCACCAAGAAGUGAUGAUGCGUCUUCUCCGACGACCGGAAGUAAAACGGCGCUCUCGGUGUGCGUGGACGACGCGGGACGACUGGUGUGCGCGGCCGGUGGCCGCUGUCCCGCGGCCGGCUGCAGCUGUUGGAUACUGUCCGUGCCGCUGGCCGACGACUGUCACGCGUACAACUGCCGGCUGUCGCUCCUGGCCGCCGGCACCGUGGGGCUGCGCACCACCGCCGCCGUGAUGCCCGGACAGCCGCUCAAGAUGUGGUUCCCGCCCGAUCUCCAACUAAUGCUGCACGUGCCGUUUCUCACGCCCGUCAACAUAAGAGACGAGAGAAAGUACGUCUGCCACAAGUGCGGUUACACGUGCGAAAAGCCCAACCCGCUGAAAAUCCACAUUGCGCUGGACUGCGGCAGACGACCACGCGCCAAACUCUGGUCCAGGCUGGCGGCCGACCACUGCGCGAGCGGCCGGACGAUCGAAGCGUCGUUCCGGUUCAGCCUGACGCCGGCCGAAUCGCGGGCGCCCUUGUCGUCUGCCUCCGCCGACUCGGCGUUCCGGCCUUACUCGCCCGAGUCGUCGGCCAGCAGUGGCGGCGGUCCGGCGCCCCCGUCGCCACUGCGGCCGCCGCCGCCCGCACCGCCGUCGUCUUCGUCAUCGUCCGACCGAACGCCACUGCAGGACGGACAGCUCCGACAGGUGAUCGGCGGCAGCGACACGGCGUUCUUCGACAGGCGUUGCGCCGAGAUGGAAACCAUCGUCAGCAACCUCGGCCACUCCGACCAAGGACACCUGUGCAUAUACUGCGGUAAAGUCUACUCCAGGAAGUACGGGCUCAAGAUUCACAUCAGAACUCACACCGGUUUCAAGCCGCUUAAAUGCAAGUAUUGCUACCGACCGUUCGGCGACCCAAGCAAUUUGAACAAACACGUGCGGUUGCACGCCGAAGGAGACACUCCUUAUAAGUGCGAUUGUUGCGGGAAAAUCCUGGUGCGCAAGAGAGACCUCGACAGGCACAUGAAGUCAAGGCACGCACAAGUUUUACAGAAAAACGUGUAUAAAAUGCACGUACCUGUAUGACAACGCACUAUUUUUUCCUAAACAGGAAAUUAAUCUUAAUGUAUUAUUAAUUGUUAAAAUGUUUGUGAUAUUUUAUUCUUUAAAUUCAAAUGUAUAAUAGUAUUUAACACGAAUCUAAAAUUUGAUGAUUUUAUGUAAUUGUCGAGACAAUAUUUAAAUUUGGUCAUGCUCAAUACACUUUUGUAAUAUUAUAAAUAUAUAACCUAUAAGGCUGUUAUUUUGUACACAUAGUUUAAUAAAUGAUAUUAUUAAUGAUGACUGAACUUUAAA